CUUGUUCAGCCGACUGGCCCCGCCCCCUCGGCCCCUGUCCCACUCGGGUUCAAGCUGGCGGCCCCUCUUAAGAUGUAAACAAGGCCUCGCGCUCCGACCGUUAAGAGGGAGGGGCAGUGUGAGUGUUGGGCCAAGCUGGAGAAUGCCCUGAGCGAUGGGCUCCCGCAGCAGUAGCAACGCUGGCUCGGGGGGCCGGGAGAACCAAGGCAGCUGGUCUCGGAGGGACUCGGGCAUCCUGCGCAGCGAAGACGAGGACAACGAGGAUGUGGAUCUGGCCCAGGUACUGGCAUAUCUACUGCGCAGGGGACAGUUUCACCUCAUGCAGGGAGGGGGGACAGCCAGCGCCCGGGUGUUCCAGGCUGUUUCAGAUUCCGACGACGAUACUGACAGUGCUUGGGAAGGACGUUUAGAAGAUCAGUACAAACCGCCAGUGGAUUUGGCACCAGACACUCGGGAUCUGGAGAACAACGAGAUUAAAACACGCAUCCAGUUAGCAACGGGCCGACUCACGCCAGGGCGCCCCGACCGUAGCAUCCCAAAGCUGCUGGGACAGAGAGAACGAGGCCUUUGCCAUAACAGCAGUUUCUCGGCAGGGGAAUGUUCGCAGAUCGUGUCACACUUCCUUCCCAAUCACCUCACCGUCAAAGACACCUAUUUGCAAAAAGCCUUCUGCGGCAUCUAUUCCCGUGAUGGACAGCUUUUUAUGUCUGCUUGUCAAGACCAGCGAAUCCGCUUAUACGACUGCGCCUAUGGAGCCUUCCGGAACUUCCGGAGUGUCAAAGCCCGAGACGUCGGCUGGAGCGUACUGGACGUAGCUUUCACCCCUAACAGGACACACUUCCUCUACUCCAGCUGGUCGGACUACAUUCACAUCUGCAACAUCUACGGGGAGAGUGAGACCCAGACCGCCCUGGACUUGAGGCCCGAUGAACGCCGUUUUGCGGUCUUUUCCCUGGCGGUUUCCUCAGAUGGGAGGGAAGUGCUUGGCGGGGCCAACUACGGCUGCGUCUAUGUGUUUGACAUGGAGCAGAAUAAGCGGACGCUUAAGAUCGAGGCCCAUGAAGAUGACGUCAACGCCGUCGCUUUUGCGGACAACAGCUCCCACAUUGUCUUCUCGGGAGGCGACGACGCUAUCUGCAAAGUGUGGGACCGGCGCACCAUGCGAGAGGAUGACCCCCAGCCGGUGGGGAUCUUGGCAGGGCACCAGGACGGUAUCACUUUCAUCGACAGUAAGGGAGACGCUCGGUACCUCAUCUCCAACUCCAAGGACCAGACCAUUAAGCUGUGGGACAUGCGCAAAUUCUCGGGCCAGGAGGGCCUCGAAGCAUCCCGACACGCUGUCACCCAGCAAAUCUGGGAUUAUCGCUGGCAACAGGUACCCAAAAAAGCCCGACGUAAAUCAAAACUUCCAGGUGACACUUCUCUCAUGACCUACCGUGGUCACGGAGUCCUUCACACCCUGAUCCGCUGCCGGUUCUCCCCUCCUCACAGCACGGGACAGCAGUACAUUUACAGCGGCUGCUCCACGGGGCGGGUGGUAGUCUACGAUCUCCUGAGCGGCCUCAUCGUGAAGAAACUGAUCAACCAUCAAGCCUGCGUGCGGGAUGUGAGUUGGCAUCCGUACGAGGAGAAGAUUGUUAGUAGCUCGUGGGAUGGAAACGUGUGUCUCUGGGAGUAUCACCAAAUGGAGUACGACGAAGAUGAUCUCGGCAACCCCCAGCAGCUCCUAACCGCCCGAGAAAGGCACUCCCCGCUGGCUGUCCCCCCACAUCACUAGCCUUCCCCCUCGCUUGUUCGCCACCUUCCUCCAGUUUGGGACCCGCUCGGGGCCAAGAGCGAGGCGGGGAAACGCUGUCUUGCGUUACCAAUCAUUUCCGGGGGUGGGGGAGUGUUUCGCCAGAAGGGAGAGGGGAGGAAAGGCGCUUCGGAUGAACUCACCCCUCUCAAACGAACCGAUCUCCCGUCUCUAAAACCUCUGGCGGCGGUGACUUUGAGGAUACAAAUAACCAUCCCGCAGUCGUCGGAUCCUAGGGAUAGCCGCGAAAAAACAGACCGGAAAAAAAACAGCAAAACCACACCACUGAAUGUCCUUGUGCCUGCUGGGCUGAUUUCUGUAUCCUUCUAGAUGAGCUGGACUCCGUCCCACGAAUACUGAGCGGAGGUGGGCAGGGAGAAACGGCUGGCCCAGGAAUAUGGGGCACCAAAAUUCACAUCUGGAGGGCUACAGUUGGAAAGCCGGAUGGGCCCUUGGAAGAAAACCUCCUCCUGGUAUAGAAUCAUGACGGGGAAAUGGCCCCCAACAGCAACCCUACAGAUGGUCUCCGCAAUGCCAAGAUUCGUUGGCCACCUUUACCCACACAACAAAAGUGUAACGCACCCACAAUAAUUUUGGGGGCAUCUUGUAAGUCUUGACUUCGGUCUAGAGUUUAUCAGGGGGGGAAAUUGGGGGAGGGGAAAUAUCCAGUUUCCUUCCGAUCUGAGCCACAGAGAAGGGAUCCCCGAACGACACGAGAGGUCCCAAAACGAUCCGAAGAUCCUUGAGGGGGAGGUGUGUGAUUGAGAUGGCUCCCCCUCUUUUCUCAGAGGGACGAUGGCGAGUGCUCGCUGAAGCCACACACCCCUUUGGAGGCUGGGGAGGGGUCCUUGCACAAUAUUUGUCGGGCGACACAAAAAUGUCUGCGACACAUUUGUGGCCAGAGGGACAGUUGCCGCUUCCUUCCCAGCUGCCCAUCUCUUCUUCCCAGAUGCUGACGAUGUCUUCUUCGAGUCACCCUCAGUCACACACACCCAAAAUUGGGGGGAUUCCUUUUUGCCUCUUCUGGGGGGGGGGGGGCUCCUUGGAAGGGACGGGGAGGCAGGUGUUGCUGUCCUUAACCUUAAAAGAUGUCGCCCAAGUUGGCCCACCCUCGGCUCUCUUUCCGAAACCCUCACAGGUGGGGCGGGGGGGUCUCACCUGCUCUGUAAAUAUUAAUGGGGAGGGUCCUUGCAAAGAAGGGGCUUUUGGGGGUACCCAAAGAGUUUUUUAAAAAAAAUUAAUGGAUGGGAGGGGCGAGCGAAAAGAGCCGCGUGUUGUAAAGCGUGUGAAAGCAGGGGGGAGGGGGAGGAAUCCUUGUUUGCUUUUUCUAGUUGGAAAAGGAGCCCACCCACCCCCAACUUAGAAUCCUUCCCCAGGGGUCCUGCCUUCUAGGAAGAGGACUACGACAAAGGGGAGGGGUCCAUGCUGGGGCUCCCUUCCAAAUCUAGGUUUUGUAGAAAGGGGGAGGGUCUUUCCCUCCCCUCUCUAUUUCAGGGGUGAUGCAAACCGCUGUCCGUUGUCUUAAAUAAAAGUGGUUGAAAUUUG